CGAAAGAUGCCACGGCACCCCAUCCCCCUUCGGACCGGAGUUCGGCAAACCCCGCCGACGAUUUUUCCACUCCUGACCCAGAAAUCUUGUUGAGCCAUCAUCAUCAUCACCACUACAUAAAAGUAUGGGAUCAAGAAGAACAGCUCAUCAACAUGCACAUGCUGCGACUUCGUCUUCCAGAAAGUCAACAUUCCCAGAGCAAAUGUAAAUCCAUUAUUAUCAUCAAAUGGUGUAUUAUAUCUACUACUAAUCAAUGAUCAUCCAAAUACUAUUCAAUUUCACAACAAAUCACAGCAGCCCACCUCACGAAUGCCGCAGGAAUUUCUUCUUUUCUCAUCUCACUUGAGAAAUUUUCAAUUUCAAACACUUCUAUCCCACUGUAUACUCAUUUUUCUCCAGCUCUGUAAGGUAGUGAUUUUGCAAAUUGUGUCCGGAUCUAGUAUUGCCAGAAGAGGUUUCUGAAUCUGGGAAAUGAGCACCAGAAGAAUCACUUGGAUUGGAGUGAGUUUGCUUGUAUGGAUUUGUUGGUUUAUGUUGUUUACAAGGGCAGAUGACCGAGUUACUCAUCCUGAUGAAGUGAAGGCAUUGCUUGCCAUUAAGGGCAGUUUGGUUGAUCCAAAUAGGAAUCUCAGUAACUGGAGAAAGGGAGAUCCAUGUGUCUCUAAUUGGACUGGUGUGCUGUGCUAUAAUGACACCAUGAAUGACGGAUACCUUCAUGUUCGAGAACUGCAACUUCUGAAUAUGAACAUAUCAGGAAGCUUAUCACCCGAGCUUGGCCGCUUAUCUUAUAUGAACAUAUUAGACGUAAUGUGGAACAGUAUUGGUGGAAGUAUACCAAAGGAAAUCGGGAACAUUACAUCAUUAAAACUAUUGCUUCUGAAUGGAAACAAACUGACAGGUUCAUUGCCUGAAGAGCUUGGUUAUCUUCCUAACUUGGACAGGAUACAAAUUGACCAGAAUUAUAUUUCUGGACCUAUACCCGUUUCAUUUUCCAACUUGAACAAAACAAAACACUUCCACAUGAAUAACAACUCCUUAAGUGGUCAAAUCCCACCUCAGCUGUCUAGACUUCCAAAUAUUGUUCACUUAUUGCUUGACAAUAACAACUUAUCGGGAUACCUUCCACCGGAGCUGGCUGAAAUGCCAAACUUGCGCAUUCUUCAACUUGACAACAACCACUUUGAAGGGAGUCAAAUACCAGAGUCAUAUGGAAACAUGUCUCGUUUGCUGAAAAUGAGUCUCAGGAACUGCAGCCUGCAAGGACAAGUACCAGACCUGAGCAACAUUGGUAAUCUCAGUUACAUAGAUCUCAGCUUUAACCGACUUACAGGGAACAUACCAUCAAAUAGGCUCUCUAAGAAUAUCACAACCAUUGAUUUAUCAAACAACAAUCUCAAUGGAAGUAUCCCUGCAAGCUUUUCUGAACUUCCUCGUUUGCAGAGACUGUCUCUUGCGAACAAUUCAUUAAGUGGUUCUGUACCAUCCAUUAUCUGGCAAAAUAGGGUUCUCAAUGGAACCGAGAAACUCUUCAUGGACUUUCAGAACAAUGCAGUUUCCAAUAUAUCAGGCAGUUUGCUUAUCCCCAAAAAUGUUGAUGUUAGGUUCCAAGGAAACCCUGUCUGUUCAAAAGGAAACCUAACUGGAGUUUGUGGUGGUUCUUCUGGUGAUGGAACUGACAACACAGGCUCAGAUAAAGCCAAUGACUGUCCCCCAUUGGGGUGCCCCCCGCCCUACGUAUAUGCCAUGCCUCGUCCCACUUGCUUUUGUGUUUUACCUCUGAUUGUUAGGUAUAGGUUAAAAAGUCCGGGAUUCCGCAAUUUCCUGCCAUACAAGAACGAGUAUGAGUGGUACUUGAGUGAUGGUCUUAAGCUGAACCUCUCACAAGUUAAUAUUUCUACCAUUACGUGGGAACCGGGCCCUCGGUUGAAGAUGGACUUCCAGUUUUACCCAAUCUUUGUUGACAAUAAUAGUUCUAGUGAAUUCAACAAGAGCGAAGUUUUACGGAUUAUGAGCUUUUUUACCGGAUGGUUGAUACCUGAUAAUGAUCUUUUUGGACCUUAUGAACUUCUUGGGUUCAUCCUUCUGGGAGGCUAUUCAAAUUACAUCCCUCCUCUAGCUUCAUCAUCUGGCUUAAGCAAGGGAGCUAUUGCCGGCAUUAUACUAGGGUCAAUUGGCGGUGCAGUUACACUUUCUGCCUUCUUGUCAAUUCUCAUUCUAAGAUCUCAUAUGCAGAGAUAUCGUUUAGUAUCCAAAAAAAGCCAGAUGUCAAAGAUCUCCAUCAAAAUUGACGGUGUAAAAGAGUUUGGUUUUGAAGAAAUGACAGCAGCAACAAAAAAUUUCAACAGCUCAAGCAUUGCGGGGCAGGGAGGGUAUGGAAAAGUUUACAGAGGUGUCUUAGCGGAUGGGACAGCUGUGGCGAUCAAACGCGCUGAACCGGGAUCAUUGCAGGCUGAAAGAGAGUUCCUUACUGAAAUUAAACUAUUGUCUAGGCUGCAUCACAGAAACCUUGUGUCUUUACUUGGUUACUGUGGAGAGGAAGGUGAACAGAUAUUGGUAUACGAAUUCAUGUCAAACGGCAGUUUGAGAGAUCAUAUAUCUGCUAAAUCGAAAGAAGCUCUAAGCUUUGGCAUGAGAUUGAGAGUUGCAUUGGGUUCUGCAAAAGGCAUUCUUUAUUUGCAUACCGAAGCUGACCCCCCUAUAUUCCAUAGAGAUAUCAAGUCAAGUAACAUAUUGUUGGAUGCAAACUUUACAACCAAAGUUGCCGAUUUUGGACUUUCGCGCCUCGCUCCUGUCCCCGAUCUUCAUGGGGAGUUGCCUGCUCAUGUCUCUACUGUUGUUAAGGGUACUCCGGGAUAUCUCGAUCCGGAGUAUUUCCUAACAAACAAACUCACAGACAAGAGCGACGUUUACAGCCUCGGGGUAGUAUUUCUAGAGUUGUUGACCGGAAUGCACCCUAUUUCUCAUGGCAAAAACAUUGUGAGGGAGGUCAACGCUGCAUAUUCAUCGGGCGAUAUACUCUCUGUGAUCGACGAACGAAUGGGAUCGUACCCCACAGAGUGUGUGGAGAAGUUUGUAACAUUGGCACUGAAAUGUUGCCACGAAGAAACGUGCUCGCGGCCUUCAAUGGCAGAAGUGGUUAGGGAACUGGAAUGCAUACGGGCUAUGAUGCCGCCGGAGUCGGACGCCGCUGAAACGGGGGGAUCGGGAGUCACUGUUCACGACAAUGCCACCAGCUCGUCGUCGUCUGCAAUGAAACAUGGUUAUGUUUCAGCGGAUGUUUCCGGGAGUGACCUCGUCAGCGGCGUCGUCCCCACCAUUACUCCCAGAUGACACACUGGCUCAAACAACACCAACUGUGUGUGUGUGUGUAUAUAUGUACAGUCAUUCACUUCCCCUGUAUUUGAAUGUUAGAAGAAAUCAGAACAUGUCUUAGCUGUAGGGUCUUUUUUACGCAGAAAGAGUCAAUGUUCCGCCUCCACUGGGACUCGAAGCUGAGUGAACUUUCUCAUGAAUUCUGGGGAACGAGUUUCCUACCACUCAAGUGAGAAUUUCCAAUUUUAGUAACCUCUUGUCACAUUAUAUUUGUGUCUUUGUCCCAUUUUCCUAAUUUUGUUUGUACCAGAAUACAUCUCAUAUUUGACUUCUGAUUGUUUCCCAUGCAACAUUUUAAUUGUUGGUAACUGUACUUGU